AUGACAGUAGAUGGUGUGGAGCGUGUUAAAGUGGCUAUAAGAACAAGGCCAUUAAAUAAAAGAGAAAUUGAUCUUGGAACAAAAUGUUGUGUUAGUUUUUCAAGUACAUCUCAGGUAAUAUUAUCUCAAUCAUUGGAUGAAGGAAAAUCACCAAAAGUAUUUACUUUUGAUCAUUGCUUUAAUUCUACAGAUCCUCACUCUACUACAUUUAUAAGUCAGGAGGAUGUUUUUGAAAAUCUUGGCAAAGAUGUUGUUGAUAAUGCUUUUUCUGGUUACAAUGCAUGUAUAUUUGCCUAUGGUCAAACAGGAUCGGGUAAAAGUUAUACCAUGAUGGGUACAUCAACAAAUCCAGGAAUAAUACCAAGAUUAUGUAAUAAUAUUUUUGAAAGAAUAAAUAUUGAAAAUAUAGAUGAUGUUAAUUGUAAAGUUGAAGUAUCAUAUAUGGAAAUUUAUAAUGAAAAAGUUAGAGAUUUAUUAGAUCCAAAAAAUUCAACUAAAAGACCUCUUAAAGUACGAGAACAUAAAAUUCUUGGUCCUACUGUUGAUGGGUUAAGUGUUCUUGCAGUAAGCUCUUUUGAACAAAUAAAUCAAUUAAUUGAUGAGGGUAACAAAAGUCGUACAGUUGCUGCUACUAAUAUGAAUGCUCAAAGUAGUAGAUCCCAUGCUGUUUUUACAAUACGUUUAACUCAAACAGUAAAACAAUUGGAAAAAAAUUUUAGUGGAGAAAAAGUUGCUAAAAUAUCAUUAGUUGAUUUAGCAGGUAGUGAAAGAGCUCAAAAAACGGGUGCUGUUGGAAAAAGAUUAGAAGAAGGUGGAAAUAUUAAUAAAAGUUUAACAACACUAGGAAUGGUAAUAAGUGCUUUAGCUGAAAAAAGUGGUAAAAAAGACAAAUUUGUUCCAUAUAGAGAUUCUGUUUUAACAUGGUUACUAAAAGAUAAUUUAGGUGGUAAUAGUAAAACUAUAAUGAUAGCAACAAUAUCACCAUCAAGUGAUAAUUAUGAUGAAACUUUAUCUACUUUAAGGUAUGCUGAUAGAGCCAAAUCAAUUGAAAAUCAUGCUGUUAUUAAUGAAGAUCCAAAUGCCAAAAUUAUUCGUGAGUUACGUGAAGAAGUUGAAAAUCUUCGUCAACAAAUUUCUCAAACAAUGGAACAAAAAACUGAAACACAAGAAUUGCGAGAACGUUUAGCUGAAUCAGAAAGACUUGUAAGUCAAAUGAAUAAGUCAUGGGAAGAAAGAUUAAAAGAAACUGAUAUUAUUUAUGCUGAAAGACAAAAAGAUCUUGCCGAAAUAGGAAUUGCACUAACUGGGAGUGGUAUUAAAGUUGAAAAAGAUCGUUUUUAUUUGGUAAAUUUAAAUGCCGACCCAGCUAUGAAUGAACUUUUGGUAUAUUAUAUUAAUCAGAUGGCUUAUGUUGGUUGUUCUGAGUCAUCAGAAAAUGGUAUUAAAAAUGAUUUUGUACUUCAGGGACUUGGUGUUCAACCUUAUCAUGCAAAAUUAGAAGUUUGUGAUGAUGAGGGAAUAGGCCAACAAAAACUUUUUAUUGAACCUCUUCAUGAAAAUGCUCGUAUUUAUGUUAAUGGAAGAGUAAUUAAUCAAAGAACACUUCUUAGAAAUGGAUAUAGAUUAUUGAUUGGUAAUAAUCAUUUUUUUAAGGUAAAUUGUCCAAAAGAUAAUAAUUCUGGUUUGACUGCUACAAAUCCAAUGAUUGCUUCAAUAAUGGAAGAAAGUUUCUUUGAUUAUGACAAAGCUUGGAAUGAAGUUAAUACUUCUGAGUUAAGUUGUAAUAGUGGAAUUGAGGCUGUUGAUGAUUACAUUGAACAUUUAACAUUAAAGCAUCAUGAAGAUAAACAAGCUGCUUUAGAAAAACAAUAUGAAGAAUUUGAAAGAUAUAUUCACACAUUAUCUACUAGUAUUACAGCUCCAUCUACUCCAAUGACACCAGGUAAUGGAUUUAUCUUGACUUCUCCAAUUGCUGGAACACCAUCUUGUGCUUUACCUUCUGUUUCUUUUCCAUCAAAUCCUAAAGUUGCUGAUAAAACUAAAUUUUUUAAAUGGGCUCAAAAAAGAGAGGAAUUAUUUAAAGAGUCAUUAGAAAAAUUAAAGAAAGAAAUUAUGCGUGCUCAUGCUUUGGUUCGUGAAGCAAAUAUGAUUUCUGAAGAAGUUAAUGGAAAAAGACGUGGACUAAUAAGAUAUGAUGUAACAUUACAAAUUCCAGCAGCUAAUUUAAGACCAUCUAAGAUAAAAGUAGGAAAUUCUGUUUGCGAACCGGUGAUUGUUGUAAAACGCGAUGGAAUGUCAGGAUAUCAACUUUGGUCAUUAGAACAAUUAGAAAAUAAACUUGUAGAUAUGAGAGAAGUGUAUAAUGAAAGAUUUAAUAUGAAUAUAGAUAGUAGUGUAUCUAGUGACACAUCAACACCUAGUAGUGAUGAAGCCAUAGAAAGUGAUGUAGAUUGUUUUGAAGAAAUCCAUAAUAUAGAAGAACUUCAAAGAAAUUAUGUAUUUGAUAGUCAGGAAAAACAUUCAUUAAUAGGUGUAGCAAAUGUAUUUUUAGAAGUAUUAUUUCAUGAAAUGAAGUUAAAUUAUAAAGUUCCUAUUAUUUCUCAACAAGGAGAGGUUUGUGGAAAAUUGCAUAUAGAAGUUUAUCGUUUACCAGAUCAUUAUUGUAAUAAAAUGAUUGACUCAAUGAGUGAAUCCACUGAUUCAUCAGAAUCUGUUGAUAGCGGAAAUUGGCGUGUUCAUGGUUGUGGUGAUAAUAAUACUUUUAUUGGUAAAACUAUAACAUGUAGGGUUAGAAUAAAGAAAGCAUCCAAUUUGCCUAUAGCUUUGUCUAAUUUUGUAUUUUGUCAGUAUUCUUUUUUUAAUAUUUCUGAAAUGUUAGUUGUUGCUCCGAAAUAUAAUCCUAAUGUUAUUGGCAGUAAUGGAAAUUUUGAAUUUGAACAUGAAAAAGACUUCCAAGUUGUUGUUAAUGAAGAAUUUUUAGAAUACAUUCAGGAAGAUGCUUUAUCAAUUGAAGUUUGGGGUCAUCGAAGUUCUGGUUUUGGACCUGAUACAACAAUAAACAAUGACGAAGAAUUUGAUUUGGUGCAGAAACAAAAAAGUUUACAAGAACGUUGGAUUGAAGUUACAAGAAGAUUAGAACUUUCUUUAAGUAUUAAAGAAUUAAAUGAUAAUGGUGAAUAUAAAAAUGUUGAAGUUUCCACAAAUAAUGAUGUUGGUUGUGGUGGUAUUUAUCAAUUAAAACAAGGUCAACAAAGAAGAAUAGAUGUUUCUGUUAGUGAACGUAAUGACCAUGGAAAUCUUCCGUUGAUGUUAUUUGAGAUUACUUCUGUCAGUAUUGGUAGUAUUUUUACUACGAAUUGUGAUAAAAAUGAAAACUUUGAUAGUUACCAGGAAGAAGAUUUAGAUAUGAUAAAAGAUUUAUGGGCAACAGCAUUAAAAGAAAGACAUAAAUAUUUAUCAAAACAAAUAUCAAUGAUAAAUGAAAAAGGUUCAAAAAAGACAGGAAAAGAUACAGAACGUGAGAGGUCUUUAAUAACUCAAUGGAUGAUAUUAACAGAAGAAAGAAAUGCAGUUUCUGUUCCAGCAACUAAUUCUUUUAUUCCAGGAGCACCAUCAGAUUUAUUAGUACCACAAGGAUGUGAAAAACACGUUCCAGUAAUAUUUUUAAAUAUUGAUACUGAAGAAAUGAAUGCUUUUAAUGAUUACUCAUCAAACCAUGAUCAUAAUAAUCCAACAAAAAUAAUAGGUUUAUCAUCUCAAUUACCAAAAGAAAAUUUUAUGACUAUGCUUCAAUUACAUAUUAUUGAAAGAAAUGUUGCUGAUAUGAAAGUUUCAUGUCCAUGGGAUAGUUCAAUUCAUGGUGAACCUUGUUUAAAUCGUGUUUCCAAUUCUAAUGAAAGAAUUUAUGGAAUUGUUAAAGUAUCAGUUAGAAUUUCUCAACCAGUUCCUAUGGAAAUUAUAUUAAGAAAAAGAAUUUGUAUGAGUAUUUAUAAAAAACCUAGUCUUACAGAAAUGUUAAUUAAAAAAAUUGUUAGAAGUGAAAAUGUUUAUUGUACCAAAGUAUUAUAUGAUGUUGUGGCACAGAUACCAAAAAGUUCUUUAGAAAUGGAAAAUCGAGAAUCUCUUGCUUUGUUGGCUGCCUCUACUGGUGAUGAUGAUUUUAACAAAACUAAAUUAUCUAAUGGACUUUUGUAUAACUCAUCAAAUGAAGAAGAAAUAAUAUCUCUUGAAAAACAAAUGAAAUAUAUUGAAACAUAUACAAAAACAAUUCAAGAUGUUGAGUGUAUGCUAAAAUUAGACAGAUUAAGGCAAGAAGCUGCAAUGUUUAAUAUGAUACCAAGAAAUGAAAGAGCUCAAAGAUUAAAUUUUGGUAAUCCUUCAAAUAGUUUCAGAAUGAAACGUACUAUUAGUUUACCAAAUUCAAUUAGUAAUUCACUUCCACCAAUUGUUUCAAAACACUCAGCAAAUGGAAUAAGUGAUAUCUUAGAAUCAUCUUUUUCUGAUCGUUUAAACAUGGAUUCAUCAAUGGUAUCUUCUUCUGGUGUCUCAUCAAUGUUUAGUUCACUUGUAUCACCAAUUAUGGAGUUAAACUCUAAACUUCAUGGAAUAGAUGAAGAAGAAAAAAUUCUUGAGUAUUCAAAUAUAUUAAGUGAAGACAACUACACAUCUACAGUCGCUACAAAUAUUGAUAUUAUUAAUGGAAAUGAACCUGUAUCAAAGUUUUCAAUUUUAAAUAGCCAUGAUAAUCUUACAAGAACAAAUAAAUUAUUUAAAGAUGAUUUUACCAUGGCAAGCAAUAGUAGUCAAAAUGUUCAUACAACUAUUACAAAUGAAGAGGAGAGUAAUGAGGAGACUAAUGUUAUUGAAAAUAAUAGUGAAAAUAUAUCUACUUCUAAUAAUGUAACUACUUCAAGAGCCAAUAGUUCAGAAGUUUCUAUAGGAACUAGGCAAUUAGAAGGUGGACUUUGUGAAAUGUGUGAAACACCGAUUGAUAUUCUAGGACUUCAUAGUAUUCCAUUACUACAAAAGUCUAAUAGAAGAAGAGAUUUUCUUAUAAUUCCAAAUAGUAUUCCAAGAAGAUUUUUUAAUUUAAUGGUUAUACCUGAAAGAAUACUUUCAAAUGAAGAUGAGAUAAACAAAGAAAAAGAGGAAUUAUUAAAAUUUAAUAAAUUACAUGAAAGUGCAAAAAAGAAAAAUAUAAUACAAAAAAGAUGUAAAGAAAAUGUUCUUGAUGUUAUAAAUAAUAUCGGAAAUGAAAUAUCUAAUUUAGAAGAAAAGCUGACUUUGCAGGGAAAGAACAUGAGUAGUUCCGUUAAUUCUAAUUCUAAUCAAAUUAUUAAUAAUGGAGAAGACAAUCAACGUAUGGUGAUUGAUCAACAAACACAAGAUAAUAUUAAUGCUCAAUCAAAUCAAGCACAUAGACAUGUGAUUUAUCAAGACAAUUUAUCAAAUGUUUUAGAAUUUAAUAAUAAUGAAAUUAAUGGAGAUUUAGAAACUUCUAUUGAUUUAUCUGAUUAUGCUAAAUAUGUUCCUGAAGAUGGAAGCAAUCAGUUGUCUAUUAAUAAUAUAAAUCAUAUGCCACCUAAUAGUGAUAUUACUUUUGUUGAAAUACCAACAGAAACUGAUAUAGUUCCGGUAUCUUCUGAUGGUAAUGAAGUACCAUCUGACAUUAAUUCUGUUAUCAAUUAUAAUGCUGAAUUAAUAAAUAUUAAUUCUAAUAAUCGUACGGAAUCCUUUGAUGAACUUACUCCAGAGAUGCUUGAUGAAGUCAGAGAAGAAUACCGAAUACGUUGUAACAUAUCCGAAAGUUCUUCUUCUUUGGUUGAGAUAAGUGAUGAAAACAUAUCUGUUCAUUCUAAAUUAUCAGAUGACAAUGGAAUAGAUAAUAUUGAAAAAAUAACAACAUAUGCCAUAAUUGAAACUAAAAAAGUGGAAAAUAAAGAAGAAAAAAAUAAUGUUAUUCUAACAUCUACUUCAGAUAAAAGUAUAAUGAACAAUGAUAUUGUGGUUAUUGAUAAGCUUUCACAAUUAGAAUUAAAUGAUGAUAAUGAGUCAACAAUAUUAUUAGAAAAUCACUCUAAAAAUAAUUUAAAUAAUGAAAAUGAUCACAAAAAUAUGGAAAAAAUAGAUGAUAAAAAUUUUAGUCUCGUUAGAAAGACAAUUCUUUUUCUACCAAAAAUUGAUAAAACAAAAUUAAGAGGAAAUGAAAAACAAGAUGAUAACAAUAAAACUACUGCUAAAUGUAACAAUUCAUUAGAAGAAUGCGAAAAUUCAAGCACAUGUACAUGUUGUACGAUUCUGUAA